AUGCCCGGCCACCAGGCGCUCGUCAACGUGCCCCACCUCCAGGCCUGGCUCCAGAGUGGGAUCCCGGUGACCCACAUCCCAACCGGCCACCAGGCGUUCAUCAACGUGCCCCACCUCCAGGCCUGGCUCCAGAGUGGGAUCCCGGUGACCUGCAUCCGGUGUGUUCUAGUUUAUUAUUAUUCUUUUCUCCUUCCCAGGCAGCUUCACAAAACCACCAACUUCCUGCUUCUGUCUCUAGCCAUAUCAGAUUUCUUGGUGGGCCUUGUGUUCUUUCCAGGUGCUGGCUCCAGAUUAAUGUCUUGCUGGUUUCUUGGUGAAAUAAUGUGUCUACUUUACACGUACAUUGUCAGUCUGAUAGUCUGUGCCUCAGUUAUAAAUGUUGUACUGAUAUCUGUUGACCGUUAUGUGGCUAUAUGUUACCCUCUGCAUUAUCACAGGAGAAUCACUGUGACAAGAAUACGACUGUGUAUCAGUCUGUGCUGGAUUUAUUCAGCUUUAUACUGCGUUACAUUUGUGAAGGAUGGCAUAAGUGGAAAAAACAUUCCCUGCCAAGGAACAUGUGUGAUUCUUGACUAUAAUGCUUUUGCUAUUGAUCUUGCUUUAACCUUUACGGUUCCAGUUACGGUCAUCAUAGUUCUCUACACCAGAGUGUUUGCAGUGGCCGUUUUUCAGGCCAGAGCCAUCCGCUCCUCAGUUACAGCUGUGUCCCUGCAGCGUUCAGCAAAAGUACAGAGAUCUGAGCUGAAAGCAGCCAGGACUCUUGGUAUUUUAGUUAUUGUGUUUCUCAUGUGUUUCUGUCCAUUUUAUUGUGCUGCUCUAGGAGGUGAUGUAUCGUUUAACACGUCUGCUGCUGUGCUGUGUCUUUUCUGCAUUAACUCUUCCCUUAACCCUUUAAUCUACACCAUAUUUUAUCCCUGGUUUAGAAAAGCAAUUAAACACAUUGUGACACUGAAGAUAUUCCAGCCUGGCUCCAGUAAGGCUAAUAUAAUGUAGACAGAAGGAAAGUAAUUACAAGUUCAGAUUUUUAUAGCCUGGAAUGCAUUAAUUAGCAUAAACAUGAUUUUUUCACUGAGCUCCUUGUCUUUAAAUAUUAUCAUCAAGGUUUCUUUCUUUUUUUAAUAUGUCAGAAAUUAUACAUUCUUGAUAUUGUUAGUUAGUGAUUCUUAACUGACAUGAACCUGUACCCUCAAUUCAUGUGAUGCCAGAAAUUCUAAAUUAUCCACAAUAAACUGUAACAUGACCCAGAUUUUAAAUGCCCAGCUUGGAUCACAGUGACAAAGCAUUUUAUAGGGUUCACACACCCGAAAGCACGCCCACACACCCAUGUUUGCGUGGCUAUCUUUGUGGGGACUUUCCAUUGACUUCCAUUCAUUUCUA